AUGCCGACGACAACGUUAAGCGAAACCAACCGGCCUGCAUCGACCCCGAGCUCGAAGCCUUCAUCUCUCAAGUCCCACGAUGGCGGCACGAAAUCACCGGCCCUGGCCUCUGACGCAGGCUCCGUCCCCAAUGGACAUACUCCUACACAAAACGGCGACUCGAUGUUGAAGCCCCCGACCGCAGAGAAGACCUCCGUCAAGGAUCGACUGACCCGCAUGUUCUCCAGUAAGGACAUGUCGAAACCUGCUAGUCCAGCCCCGAACGGCAGCGAUUCUGCAAACCGGCCCCGAGGCUCCUCGUUCAACAACAGCAGCGUCACCAGUGGAACUGCCACGCCCAUGUCUCGCAAGGAGUCUGUUUCUGACCAGGGAAGUACCAAGGUCACCAAGCCAAAGGAGCUCACGCAGCGAUUCAUGUUGAAUCCUGCUGCCCCUGGCGGCCAUGAGCAUCACCUCAAGUCAAGUCGCAGGCAGGAGAAGCUGUCCGAUAUGUGGCGCACCAUCAUUGGCAAGAAGCAGGAUGCGCCUGAUCACGACCUUUCCCUGGUCUCUAACUGGGUUGACACUCUGCGCCAGGAAAAGGAAGAGGCCAAUGACAGGAAAGGUGGCCCCAAUGCCACUCCCACCCUGAUCGAGAAGUACGGAAAGUGCCACGAAGUGGUCGGAAGGGGUGCGUUUGGAAUCGUGAGGAUAUCUCAUAAGAAGGUCGCUGGUGCGGGCGGCGAAAAACUCUUUGCCGUUAAGGAGUUCCGCCGGAGACCCGAGGAGACGGAGAAGAAGUAUAGCAAGCGGCUCACAGCCGAAUUCUGCAUCUCUUCUUCCCUCCGCCAUCCCAACGUCAUACACACUCUUGACCUUCUGAAGGACGCCAAGGGAGACUACUGCGAGGUCAUGGAGUUCUGUGCCGGUGGAGACCUUUACACCUUGGUUCUAUCGAGCGGGAAGCUCGAUGUUGCAGAGGCGGACUGCUUUUUCAAGCAAAUGAUGAGGGGCGUCCAAUAUCUCCACGAGAUGGGAGUUGCCCAUCGCGACCUGAAGCCUGAAAACCUUCUCCUUACAACCCACGGAGGCCUCAAGAUCACCGAUUUUGGCAACGGAGAGUGUUUCCGCAUGGCAUGGGAGACCGAUGCACACAUGGUGACGGGACUGUGUGGUUCUGCUCCCUACAUCUCUCCUGAGGAGUACACCGACAAGGAGUUUGAUGCACGAGCCGUCGACGUCUGGGCUUGCGGUGUAAUUUAUAUGGCGAUGCGCACCGGCCGACACCUGUGGCGAGUAGCUAAGAAAGACGAAGACGAGUUCUACGCACGAUAUCUCGAGGGCCGGCGCGACGAAGAGGGCUAUGGCCCAAUUGAAUCAUUAUCACGGGCUCGUUGUCGUAACGUCAUCUAUUCCGUCCUCGACCCUCACCCUACCAGACGGUUGACAGCUGCCCAAGUCCUUAAGUCUGAAUGGGUUCGCGAGAUCCAGCUCUGCAAAGCCGGCGAGGAAGGCCUAUAG